AGCUUUUACCGAAACCAGAACCACCAGAUAAUUGUUGUAUGAGUGGUUGUGUGCACUGGUAAGAGAAAAAAAAAAAAAAAAAAGAUGAAGGGCUUGUUCAAGGGUAAGUCUGUAUUGACGGGAGCUUAUAAUAGCGUUUGGGAUAUGUACGAAGAAGACAUAGAAGAAUUCCAAAAAGAGAGAGAGGAUUUAAGAAAUAGAUUUAUAGAAGCGGGUGAGCCUAUACCAGAAGAAUUACAAAAGUCAAGCAAUAAUAUGAAUGAAGGGGAGACGGAUAUAGACCCAACCAUGAGAGCCUUUUUAGAGAUGGAAAAGAAGCUAAAUAACAAAAAUUAACAGAUGAGAGAAUCUUUGCCU